AUGGAGACCGACGCGGCUGCUGCAGGCUCUCUGAAGAUGGUCACGGAGAUGGAGUAUGCGUGGCCGGAGAUGGAGGACCCGUGCGCGGUGCCGGCGGAGGGUCCGGUGCCAAGGGUUGCGGGGCCGCGGAACUCGUGUCCGGGGACUGACUCGUGUGUUCUUCAGACGAAAGCAAGAAGACCGAGAAUCUGGAGCGAUUUGCCGAAAACAAGCAAUGAAGCAGAUUUCUGCAGGGUGAUGUCGGCUGAAUGCGGUGUCUCGGAGUCUCGGAUGCCUGCCCUUCUGGACGUGUAUUAUUACGCUCUGAGGUUCUGCCAGGACUGCGCGUUCAGUGAGGAGCAGACAUCUUGUCUUAUUAACAUUGUGAAAGAGACUCACAUGGCUUGUAUGGACACCCCGCUGGGAAAUGCAGAUGAGUCUUACAGUUACUUCAAUGAGUUGCUCCUGUGCCACGCAGUCCAUCGGCCGCCGUUCAGUGUGAACGUUUUCUCGCAGCAGCAGAUUCAGCGCAUUUCCCGCUAUUUCCUCGACACGUAUUUCCGCCAUUUCAAGCUCUACAAAUACGUCUUCACGCCGCAGGUGCGUCUUGACCUCUCCAUUUCAUAUAAAGGAGACCCUCGGUCAGAAGCCCCAGAGCCGCAGGAGGCAGAUACCGAGACAGAGAGAACCAAUAAAGACGUAUGAAACGGAGAGAAGCUGCUGGAAGCCAGGCUGUGUCCCAGUGAGGGCCGGGGAAGCAAAGUGAAAUAAAGAGUUAAAUCCA